AUGGGAACCAUACCAAAAGAAAUCUUUAGCAUCACUUCUCUAUACCAUGGUAUUGACUUGUCAAACAACUUGUUGACUGGAUUGCUCUCUAUCGAUGUUGGCCUCUUAGUAAAUCUUGAAUCUCUUGCUUUGUCGAGUAACAAAUUAUUAGGCCAAAUUCCGAGCAAUCUUGCUCAAUGUGUGCAACUCAAAUAUCUUUUCAUAGACAACAACUUGUUUCAAGGGCACAUUCCAUCAUCUCUUAAAUCAUUAAAGAGCCUUGAGUUGUUUAAUCUUUCUUAUAACAAUUUAUCUGGAAAAAAACCCAAAUUCUCAGAAUCCCUUAAAUAUUUGGACAUCUCUUACAAUCAGCUUGAAGGAGAAGUUCCACAAAUUGGUAUUUUUUUGAACAGAAGUGCAUUUUCAGUGUAUGGAAAUGAUAAACUUUGUGGAGGUAUUGUUGAAUUAAAGCUACCACCGUGCCUUCAGAAUAAUAAAGCCUCGAGGAAGAAUCAAACUUUAAUUGUGCUAGUAUCAACGAUCAUCCCAAUAACUUGUAUCAUUCUAUUAUUUAUCCUUUCAACAUGGAAGAGGAGAAAGUCAAAAAGAUUUCCUUCGAUAGAGAGACUUGAGAAAGAUCAGAAUCAUGUACAUGUUUCUUAUGCUGAGCUCCGAAGAGUGACUAAUGGGUUCUCAUCACAUAAUUUAAUUGGAAGAGGAAGUUUUGGUUCUGUCUACAUUGGAAAUUUGGAUCACAAUUGGCAAAAAAGCAUCGCUAUAAAGGUUCUCAAUCUCCAACAAAGAGGAGCCUCUAAAAGCUUUGAAUUGGAAUGCAAAGCAUUGAGAAGUGUUCGACAUAGAAAUCUUGUAAGGAUAUUAACUUCAUGCUCGAGUAUUAAUGAAGGCAAUGAUUUCAAAGCCUUAGUUUUUGAGUACAUGUCAAAUGGCAAUUUGGAUAAAUGGUUGCAUCUACCAUCAAUAUUUGACAAUGAUAGACCAAAAAAAUUAACCAUAAUCCAAAGAAUAAAUAUAAUUAUUGAUGUAGCUUCCGCUAUCGAUUAUCUUCAUAAUCAAGGACCUAUACCAAUUGUUCAUUGUGAUCUCAAGCCAAGUAAUGUUCUCCUUGAUGAAGACAUGGUUGCACAUAUAAGUGACUUUGGUUUAGCAAGGCUCCUUAUUGAUACUACAAAACAAUCCUCCCAAACUUCUACUAGCUCUAUUGCAUUGAAAGGAACCAUCGGAUAUGCAGCCCCAGAAUAUGGGGCGGCCAACCACAUUUCUGUUGAAGGAGAUGUGUAUAGCUUUGGAAUAAUUUUAUUGGAGUUGUUUACUGGAAGGAGACCAAUUGAUGAAGUAUUCAAUGAAGGUCUCACCCUUCAUCUAUUUGUCAAGGCUUCUCUACCUGAAAGGGCAAUGGAUAUUGUGGAUCCUUAUUUGAUUUUACAGGAGGAAGAUGAUGAAGUUGGGGAAGGCCUUCGGCACAUGAGAGUUGUAAGCAAGCCUGAAUUGGACUGCAUUGUCUCAAUUCUUAAAGUUGGUCUUCAUUGCAUAGAGGAAUCUCCAACAAAAAGAAUACAAAUAGCACAAGCUUUUAAUGAAUUAUAUGCGAUAAGAAACAUCUUCCUCAAGUCUUCAAAUGACAGAACAACACAUCUUUAG